AUGAUUAAGGCCAAACACACUGGUUGCCCAGAGCUCAGAGCAAAUCCUCAGUGCAAGGGCCAGUUCUGCUGCAUCCACAUCUGGUACAGGGUCUCACUCAGACCAGACUGUCCCUGGCUACCUGAGGACAUGCCUCCUGCUGCCCAGAGUGCUGUGACUUCCCCUCUCUGAGCCCUGGAUUUCUUAUCUGUGAAACAAGAGGCUGCAUUAAUGGCUGGCAGCAUUCCUUCUUUCUUUAGCUCUGAAGGUCCAGGAUAUUUCACCAUGGGAGGUUCAGCAAACAACGGCAUGGCAACUCAAGAGGAUAAAACAGGGAUGCUUCAGAGGAUCAAUGUUUGGAUCCCAUCUGGGAAGUCUCAUGAUGCAAGGACCUUGUCAGGAUUACAGCUGUAUCCCCGGAGCCUAGCGCUGUGCUUGGCAUACAACAGGUGCUCAAUCAAUACUUGCCAAAUGACUGAAUGCAUCCUGUCAGUAUCAGGAUGCCACCCAGGCCCUGAGGGAGCCAGGGCAUGGGAGGAAAACGUUUGGACUCCUGCCAUGCCUUACAUUAGCAGCAUCUUCUCUGAGCCCUGA